AUGGACAUUCAUCGCUGCCGAUUCGUCCCCUACAAGCCGUCUGCCAUUAACGCCAUCGCCUUCUCUCACCCCAAGACACGCUCAGCGCUACAAGCUACACUCGCGCGUCUUGCCAUCGGACGCGCCAAUGGCGAUAUCGAAAUCUGGAACCCUACAAAUGGCUCUUGGAACCAGGAGCUCAUCAUUCCUGGUGGUAAAGAUCGAAGCGUUGACGGCCUUGUUUGGGUCAACGAGCCUGAUCAGGACCUCGGUGAUGGACGCGUUGUCGCUGGAAAGUCGCGACUGUUCAGUAUAGGCUACACAUCUACCGUUACCGAAUGGGAUCUCGUCACAGGGCGGCCAAAGAGGCACGCCAGCGGUCAACAUGGUGAUAUUUGGUGCAUGGCUGCUCAACCUGCUGGAGCCGACAAAGUUGGACUCGGCGCCGACUCUCAGGAUUCUACCAAGCUUGUCGCCGGCACAAUCGACGGCGAGCUUGUCAUGUACUCGAUCGAGGACGAUGAUCUUCGGUUUCAGCGAGUUCUACUGCGAUCGCCAACCAAGAAGGCCCAGAUGGUCAGCAUUACCUUCCAGUCGCGCAAGGUCGCAAUUGUUGGCUGCUCCGACAGCACGAUUCGAGCAUACGAUAUUACAAAGGGCCACAUGUUGCGCAGGAUGACACUUGGCUCUGAUCUCGUCGGUGGAUCAAAGGAUAUCAUUGUUUGGUCUGUCAAGUGUCUGCCAAACGGCAGCAUUGUCUCCGGGGAUUCAACUGGUCAGGUUUGCAUUUGGGAUGGCAAGACAUACACUCAAACACAGCGAAUGCAAAGCCAUAAGCAAGACGUUCUCAGUCUUGCGAUUAACGCCGAUGGCACAUCUAUUCUCAGCGGAGGUAUGGAUCGACGAACAAUCCUUUACAAGCAGAACAACGGCGCAGGAUCGCGAUGGAGCAAGGUUUGGGGAAGGAGAUAUCACGAUCAUGAUGUCAAGUCUAUGGCAUCUUUCGAGAGUGGUAAAAUCAGCGUCGUUGUUUCAGGAGGUCCCGAUGCUAACCCCGUCGUCAUCCCUCUGAAGGAGAUGGGGCGCGAGAACCAUCGCAUGAUGUCCAGCUUGCCUCAGCAGGCUCCUCUACUGAGUGCUCCAAAGGCCCGCUUCGUCGUCAGCUGGUGGGAUCGAGAGGUUCACAUCUGGCUGCUCCAGAAAUCAGCUACCGACAUGUUCAAUGCUGGAGGCGAUGAUGUCGACGUGAACCAGAACCGCAAGCUACUUAAAACGAUCGUUGUCAAGGGAGAUUCGAACAUUACUUCAGCCACUAUCGACGACGAGGGUUCGCUUCUGAUCGUAUCUACUGCCAUCGAUGUCAAGGCUUUCAGACUCGAACACCAGGAUCCUGUCAAGCCAUCAGAUGUCAAGGUCGCCUCUGCCGACCUUCCUAAGAAGCUUGCCGGCGUGGGUGCCAUAAAAGUUCAGCUUUCACCUAACGCCCAAUGGCUCUGCGCAAUCCAAGAAGGCUCUCGCGUGGUUGUGGGUGCGCUCGACCCUGUCACUCCCAGAACUUCACUCGUGUUUUCACCUCAAGUGCAACGCCUUACUCGCCUACGUCGACAAAUUCCACGCCAUAUCCUCAACGGAGGAAUGGGAAGCUACGACAGGACCAUCACACAGGUCACCUUUUCCCCAGACUCCAAGAUGCUUGCGGCAUCUGACCUUGCUGGCUACAUUGAUACGUGGAUCUUGAGUGAAGGGGACAAGAUCAAGUCUGAAGAUGACGCGUCCUCAUCAAGCGAGAGUGAGUCUUCAGAGGAGGAAGAGGAAGCAUCGCAGAACAUUGAGAAGUGGAUUCGCAACCCUAGUGCCAAGCUACUGCCCAAACUUCCCUCUGCUGCUACGGUUCUUUCAUUCUCUGCCGACGUACCCCAAGCCAAGGUCUCUCCUCGAGGGUCUCCCGACGGAAAAAAUGGCUCAUCUGACCACGUCGACGACUACACCCUUCUCGCAAUUACCUCAUCGUGGAACCUGCUUACUUUCCACCCUCUCCAGGGUUCUCUGACCCCCUGGUCGCGUCGUCAUGUCAGAAAGGACUUGCCCGCCCCCGUGCAAGAUCUCCUCGACCUCGCUAAGGGUGUUUUUUGGCAGGGCUCUCGCGCUUGGAUCUACGGUGUCUCAUUCCUUCUCAUGCUCGACUUGGCUCAAGACCUCCCUAAGCCUCUAGAGGGCGAAGUCCUUGGCACUACAGCUACAACGGGCAAGCAGAACCUCAAGCGCAAGAGGACAGGACCCUCUACCGGAGCCGGAGGCAGAAUGGAGCAAGGCGCUCUUGCUCCUUCGCUGGUUCGCAAGCACACAGCUGGUCAGUGGGAAGACGUUGAUAUGGAAGACGCCCCACGACCCGAGGACAUCAAUAGUGACGAUGAGGACCAGCCCGAGGGUGAACUCGCCCAGCUACGGAAUCGUCGUGAAGUGGGCAAAGACCUCGAGGUUGCCGAGACUGGCGGUGAACGCAAGAGCUGGUGGAUGACUUUCAAAUACAGACCCAUCUUCGGUGUCGUCCCCAUCAGCACAGCGGACCAGCCCCUCGAGAUUGCUCUGGUGGAGAGGCCAACAUGGGAUGUGGACAUGCCCGAGAGCUACUUCAGCGUCGAGCAGUGGAGGAGGUAA